AUGCCGAGGCCCGAAGCUUUCGCUUGGACUCCCGAACCUCCGCCUCUCUCCGAGCCUGGACAGACGGAGGAUGUUGAUCGGGACGGUGAUGCCACGAGAGGUUCAGAAGUCCCAGAGACGCAGAAGGAUCCUGAGCCCGAGGCGAUUGAGCCUGCACCGGAGCGUGCAGUGCACCGCUUCUACGGGUUUGAGGCCGGAAGCAUUUUCUUCAUUCCUCCCUGUGAGCUCUACUUCACCCAGGACUCCAUCAAGUCUGGCUUCAAAGACAGCGGUAGUUUUGGCCACAGCUCCGGCUACAGCUCCAGUGACUCACCGGGACCAAAGGCCAGGGACUCCGUGAAGACAAGCUCGGUGCGUGAGAUGUUUGAUGCCAUUCUACAACGACGAAUGCUGAAGCGGGAGGUUGAAAUGAUGGACGUCGUCUUCCACGAAGGCUACUACUACAGCAUCUGCAACCGGCGGCUGGCCGUCUAUUUGCUGCUCUGGCUUUGCGGCCGGUGCCCGCGCUUGAAGGUACAGCUUGUGAGCAAAACCGACCGGAAGGUGCACUGGGAUCGCCGAUUCACCACUGAGUGCGAUGGAGACUGGAUUCUCGUUCGCCAGACGGGGGAGGCGAUCGGCCGGCGAUUUCAGGACACCACCUUCGAGCAUCCGGAAUUAGCCAGGGCGUUAAGCAGAGCUGGAGGGGAGGCCACGAAGUGA